UAGGUCUCGGCUUAUUGAUAAUGUACAUAAAUAAUGUUGUGAAUUGAAUUAUAAUAUUUUGGUUAUAUUCUUGUUUUUUUUCGUUUGACUUCAGUAAUAUUCAGUAGAGCUGAUGUAAAGUAAUUGUAUAAAGAUGUCUGGAGGAAGUAGUAUUGUAGUACCUAUGGUACUAUGGGGUAAAUAUGCUCCUACACAUUGUAUAUCAGCUAUACUCUCUACACCUGAUAUGAAGAAUAUUAUAACAGGAUGUAAUGAUGGACAGAUUUGUAUUUGGGAUUUGACAGAUAAUGGACAGUUAUAUCCAAGAAGUAUGUUAUUUGGUCAUACAACAUCCAUCAGUUGUCUAGCACUGGGUAGUAACCAAACAACACAACCAUAUAUAGUCAGUGCUUCAGAAAAUGGUGAGAUGUGUUUAUGGGAUAUAAGUGAUGGCCGUUGUAUUGAACAUACCAAAAUGUCUCAAGUACAUACAGAUAUGGUGUCCUACCAUUUCUCUAAUACAAAAGAUUAUCGUCUAGUAUGUAAUGGAUAUUAUCCCGAAGUAUUAAUAAUAAACCCGUUGAGUUUUGAGGUUAUGAUUUGUCUUUCGUCUAAAGUUGUGCCAGAUUGGAUUAGUGCUUGUUGUGUUUUGCGACCCGCCACAAAAGAUGAUGAUGUUGUUUUAGCAAUUUCAAAUUCUGGAACUGUUAAAGUUUGGACUUUACCAAGCUCUGAAAUAAAGGCUAAAAUAGUUUUUGAAGAUGAGUCAAAGCAGAUUCGCUGUUUAAAUGCACAGACUCUGACUUGCUGUAGUGCAAAUCAAAGAACUGUUUUAAUAGUUUGUUCUAAAUACUGGCAGAUCUACGAUGCCAGUGAUUUCACUCUCUUAUGUUCAGAGUCUAACAGAGUAGGUGAGCGAUGGUGUGGCGGAGAUUUCAUCAGCGUAGAUCGUGUUAUUGUCUGGAGCAACGAAGGCAAAGGCUAUUUAUAUAAACUACCUACCAAUAUUUCAGAUAAUAAAUCUAUUAGUCAAAUUGCUGAUCCUAGGAGUAGUGAAUAUAGACAUCAUCAACCUACCAGUCCUCAUGCUUAUUAUAUACUAGAUAUAUAUAGUGAACAGCAAUUAGUAUGUACACCAGCAAUGGUAUUUUCUAAGAGUAUGAAUGGAAGAAAAGGGUUAUUACGUGGUGAUUCUGAUGGUCGAGUUGUAAUAUGGAUGUUACCAGAGGUAUCAGAGAAACAGAUGACAUUAGUUAGACAAGAAAGUUUUGAUAGAUUACCGGCAUUACCACCUAAAACUAGUACAACUUUACAGGAUAUCUGGGACAGUUUGUAUAAAUAUCCACCUGGUGUACUAGAAGGCUUGUGUGCUGAAGAUGAGCAUCAUUUACGUAUAACAUCAACUAUAUAUAUACCAUCACAAGGCAAGAUGGUUUGUGGUAGACAGAAUGGUAGUAUAAUUAUACUCCCAGCUACACAGAGUAUUAUAUUCCAAUUACUAGAAAAUAACCAAAUAUCAAAAGAUUCAAUAUCCCAACAGAUGUUAGAUGGACAUGAUGGUAGAGUUACUUGUCUUCUUUAUCCAUUUAACGAGAGUACUCGAUAUGAACCACAGCAUCUAUUAUCAGGUGGAGCUGAUUUCUCUGUCAUAUUAUGGGAUAUAUUUUCUGGUUAUAAGAUUCACACAUUUACUGUACAUGGUGGUGAAUUAACACAGAUGAUAGUACCACCUGCUAAUUGUAAUGUGCGUAUUUUAUCAUCAAUCUGUUCUGUAGCCAGUGAUCAUUCUGUUGCUCUACUUAGUUUAAAGGAAAGAAAGUGUAUAUUAUUAGCUGGUCGGCAUCUGUUUCCGGUACAUACUAUCAGAUGGCGACCAUUGGAUGAUUUUAUGGUAGUUAGUUGCAAUGAUGGUACUAUAUAUGUAUGGCAGAUGGAAACAGGCCAUUUAGAUAGAGUAGUUCAAGGUAUCACAGCUGAAGAAAUCCUCAACAACUGUGAUGAAAAUGCGGCUCCUAUGGAGAAUCUAACCAAUCCUAGUCUUACCCUCACACAGGCACUGAAACGGAGAAAUUUUGCAACAUUUAGAAAUCUAGCACAACAAAAGCUUCAGUCUCAUCAGAAUCAACAACAGCUGUCCCAAGGACCAAAAGCUGACUAUGUUAAACCUACAGGGUUUCCAAUGUUGAUACAAGGUGUGCGUACUAAUACACGAGAUCCGGAUGCCCAUGUGGUAUUCUUUGAUACAGAAUCACUGAUUGUUCAGUUAUUGACAGAAGAGUUUGCGUUAUUAUCACCGGGUGAAUUGGAAGCCAGAGGACUCUUAACCCCUGUAAUUGAAAGACCUUCUGGCACCCAACCAGAACUUAGUGAGGCACAACAAAAAAUAGCAGGACUAAUAGCUAAAGCAAAAGAGAAAGCAGACACAAUUGGACAGAAAAUACAGGAUAAAGUUCAGACAUCUGGUCUAACUGUAGGAGGAAGAGAUACAUCAACUGCUAGUAGAGGUUCCAUUAUCAGUACUGCAUCAACUACUGAUGCCACACGACCAGACAGCAUCCGUUUGCAAACAAAUAUCACUAUGGAAAUAGCACAGAUUUUCAUGUCCUGUUUACAUGCCUGGGGUUUGGAUCCUGAUCUCGAUAAACUCUGUUUAAACAAACUUGGUCUGUUAAAACCUCAAAGUCCCAUAUCAUUUGGUUUGUUGUCAAGGCAGGGUCAUAUGUCUCUCAUGUUACCGGGGUGGCACAAGCGUGUUUGUCACAGUGAACUUGCUGAUCUUAAAGGUGUUACCGUCAGUAAAAUUAGACAAGGUGAUGUGAAGUCUGUGUCAUUUGCCGAACCUCCACAACCUCCUGGAGGAAGCGUGUCUGGUAAACCAACUCUGCUGGCUCAGCGUAUGGGAAGUAUGCCUUUUGAUGAUGAGGAGUUGUAUAGUAGUGAUGAUGGUGCCAACAAUGAUGAUGCCUUUGAUGAUUCUUUACCAGUUCCAGAAAAACACAUCAAUGCUACAGCUCUACAACAAGAAACAGGUAUAUUUUCCACAAAAGCAAGAUGGCAGAUAUCUAGUGCUGUAACUACACAACAUCUACUCAGCGUAAUAUCUGUAGCUAAUACCAUGAUGAGUAUGAGCUGUGCCAGUUUCCUUAUGAAAUCCAGAAGAAAAAAGAAAAAGCAAGGUGUUGUAACAGGUCAUGCUGGUAUUAUAGUAACAGAUGUACCUGAUGGUGAUAAUACAGAUGAUAUGUUAACAAUGCAACAAGCACAGAUCAAACAAGGUUGGAGUUUACUAGCGGCAUUACACUGUGUUCUAUUACCAGAGUUAGUUGGUGCUAGUCAUUAUAAACCUCCAUUACUAGAGAUGUUAGCUAGAAGAUGGCAAGAUAGAUGUUUAGAGAUUCGUGAAGCUGGUCAAGCCCUAUUAUUAGCCGAGUUAAGAAGAAUUGGAUUGGAGGGUAGAAAGGCUAUUGUAGAUGAGUGGUCUCCCUUCCUACCAAUGUAUGUUGAUCCUAAUCUGAGUUUAUUGAGUGAUGCUCAGAAAGGUGAAGAAGAGGAUGAUGAUGAAGAUGAUGAAUCAAUGAUGGCAGGAGAUUUACCAGCUCAUAAAGUAUCAGUAUCAUUUGAAAGUCGUAGAAAACAGGCAACAGCUAUCGUAAUGUUGGGUGUAGUGGGUGCUGAGUUUGGUCACGAAAUUGAACCAAGCAGACGUAAACAUGAAGAACCUAAAAAAGGAGGAAGAAAGGCUCCAGAGGGAUUCAGUUUAACUAAUUACUCCCUAGCUAGACAUACAAGUAAAGCUUUAACCUUUCUGUUAUUAACACCACCAAGUUCACGUCUGCCGGCCCACACACCAAUACGUCGUGCUGCUAUUGAUCUGAUAGGGCGUGGUUUUACUGUGUGGGAACCUUAUUUAGACGUAUCAUCUGUUUUAUUAGGAUUAUUGGAACUGUGUAUAGAUUCUGAUCAGAUAGUACCAAGUGUAACUUAUGGUCUACCUCUAUCACCAGUAGCUGAUGCUUGUCGUACAGCUAGACAUGCCCUGUCUUUAAUAGCCACGGCACGACCAGCAGCUUUUAUUAUCACCAUGGCUAAAGAAGUAGCGCGUUAUAAUGCCCAGGCCCAGAACGCCCAAUCACAACAUACCCAUCUACAAAACCUAGUCUUAGUCCGAGCUAGACAAGAGAUACAACAUAUUCUAGAAUUGAUGGUAGAAAAGAUGCCCAAUGAUAUUGCUGAUAUAUUUGUUGAGACUGUCGAUGUUGUGGUACAUUGUUUAGAUAUGGGUCAAUUAAAAUCAAAAGGUUUACAAGAAUUAUUUCCAGCUAUUUGCAGAUUUAGUAUGGUAUCGGCUUGCAAUCAAACAAAACGAAUUUGGGUUGGGGCUAAAAAUGGUAACCUAGCUCUCUAUGAAAUGAAACAACAUUCUAAAUGCCAGCUAAUCUCAGCCCAUCAAGGACCAGUUAUAGCUGUAUGUGUCAACCCUGAUGGCAAAUAUCUGUGUACAUUCUCACAUGUUGAUAGUCGUCUUAAAUUCUGGCAGACUGCCUCGUCUUCCAUAUUUGGUAUUGGGUCUCAGCAGACUAAAUGUAUCCGUCAGUAUUCGGUGCCAAAAAUAGAAGUUACACCUUUAACAAAUAUAUUAAAACUAGUACGAUUGGUGUGGAUUGACAAUAAAACAGUUGUAUUACUUACAGUUGAUGGGUCGGAAACCAAAUUCUCUAUUUAGAAAUAAAUUAGGACUGUGGGUGGGCAUAUAAACUAAAGCCUGUCAAUAAAUAUCUUUCAUUGUUAUCAACACUUUUGUAAGAUAUUCUCUAAUUUCCAUUUCCAGAGAGAACCCAUAAGGUAUUUUAUAAAUACAAAGCUGUCCUGAUAUGGUAUAUUUGAAUGAAAGUUUAGUUAAGGUGAGAGGCAGGGCAGAAUUAUAAUCUAAAAUCUAUACAAUCUGACUGCGGUCUAAAGAAUUGAUUUGGAUUAAAACUGAUAGUUGAUCUGUAUCCCUAUGGUCCAUACUCCAUAGUCAGGGUUGAAAAGUGGAAUUAAUGACCUAUAUGUCAGAGUAGAAUCCCACACAGACAAUUCAACCAGGCUACAAUAUAAACUCAAUAAUUCAAUAUAAUCUACUCUACAUAUAUAUGUAUUUAAUGACAAGGGACUUGAUUUGUUUCUAGCCACUGAUAGAUAGAUACAUAUAUUCAGUUAUAUAAUAUUUUAAAGCCACUUAUUGUUAUUUUGUAUUUUUAGGACAAUAUCUUAAUUAUUGACAGUUUAAUCCAUAUGUUGAUAAGCAGUUUUAAGAUGCAAUAUAGUAAUAAAUAACUGACAGCUAUGUUGUAGACAAGAAGUAAUUAUGAUACAUAUAUAUAAUUUAUCUUGCACAGAAUGGAGUGAAAUUGAGUCACUGAGAGAGAGUGUAUGAGAGUGUGUAUUGAUAAUUGUAUAAUAAAAUGUUUAUUGUUAUGUUUUUGUAUAAAUAAUAGUAUAUCUAGUCACACAUAUUAUAACUGUUAUUAAUCAUAUUAUAUAUUGUGGGUGAAGUGUUCAAAAGGGUGUAUCUCGGGAAAUUAGUCAAAUACACUUUUGCAUUUUUAAACUCUCCCAAUUAAUAUGCACAUUUCCUUCUAAGCUGUGUAUCUCUAUGCCGAUUAGAACUGUUCUGGGUAUCAUGUGUCCAAAUGUUGUAUCUUGAUUUCUGGAAAUUUUGAAAUGCAAAAAGUUCUAUUUCUUAAUCUUUAGAAAUUCGUAGAUGCACCCUUUUGACACUUCACCUACGAUAUGUUUAUUUGUCCUUUCUUGAAAAAUAUUUGAAAUCAUUCCUUCCUAGUACAUUGCAUAUAUAGCUUAACUGAAACUAGCCUGUAACAAGAUUAUGUUUAUAGUUAUAUAAAAUUUAAUGGUGUAUGCUUAGCUUUGUUUUCGAAAAAGUUGAAAUUUGCAACAACUUCUUAACUUCAAUAAAACAUUCUCCUAGAAUACAGUGAUAGUCAUUAAUCUUUGGCGUUUUAGGACAAAAACAAAACCAAGAAGGGAUAAGCAAGGUUUUUUGUUUAUUAGGCCAUAAUAAUUGUUUCUAUACAAAAAUUGGCUUUUUUUUUACUACUGUGAUAAUUGUGUGUUAUAUCAUUCUAUUUAAUAUGUUUAUGUGUCUGUAUAAUUGUUAAAUUAAAGCAUAUAAAUAAUAAUUCAAAUGAAAAUGGUGAUUAAAAUGACAAUGUUAGUAUAGUUUAUAGAAGUAUAUUUAUCAGUAGCAUAGAAAUCCGGUCAUGUUAAAAAAAAUGAUAAAUAAAGAUGAGACUAAAACUACAAAAGGAACAAUGUAUCGGUAUUAAUAUAUUUAGAUAUAAAAACAGAUAAUCAAGUAUUUGUUGUUAAACAGAGUUUAAAUAAGAUGUAUAUUUUAAUCUGCUCAUAUUUACCCAUGUUAUACCUUUCCAUUCUACAUAAUUAUUAUGAUAAAACCGGUGGAUGGAUAAUUUCUGGUGAAUGAAAGUAUUGUUAUUGCUAUAUUAAAUAUUGUAUUCAAUUUUAUUCUAUUUAAUUGCAUAAUUUCACUUAUAGGUCCAUAUUUCACAGUUAAUAGGUUAUAAUAUAAGUAUAAAUAUAUUCCAAGUAGAUAUAGUUUAAGGCAAAAGUCAUUGAAAUGUUAUUAACUAGAACCUAACUAUAGCAUAAUUUGACCAGAAUAGAGGGGGUACCACUUUACUUGGCAUGAGGUUACGAUGUUGAGGGGUCCCACUGCUCCCCUUGGUAGAGGCUUAGAUGGCCCUUUGGAAAAAGAGUCAAUGGAAGUUCUGUAGGUUUAAGUAUACUAUUACCCAUACUUAUAUCAUUUGUAUUUAGCCCUGAUUACACCAAUACUUUAUGGGCAGUUUCCAAUUUUACCAGAGUCUAUUACCAGCUGUUCAUAGGCUGCUUGAUUGUUAUAAAGUGGAGUAUAAGGCAUUGCCCUCACCCCCCACCAAUACUUGUUAUGCCUAAGGUUUACAAGGCAUUGGUCAACACAGCUCACAAAAGGCUACAUGGACUAAGUCUGUUUCCCAAUCCCAUUCAGAUAUCCUGAAUAUAAAUAUUGUUUCAAAUGAAAAGAAAACUUGCUAAACACGAGCAAAGAAUAAUUAUAUACAUUUAUCAAAAUUUGUAGUUUCAACAGGUAUGAUUUCAUAAUAUCAUUAUGCUAAUUCCAGUUAUGUAUAUCAUUAUUUAUUUUUGCAAUUGGCCUAUGAAUGUUUGUUACAGAUAUCACAUGAAUAAUAAACUUUUUUAUAUUAUACACAAGUUGUUCUUGUAAGACCAUUGCAUGAUU